AUCAUUAAAUAAUCAUAAAUUAUACAUUGCAGUAUUCUAUUUAGGGCGUAAAAGAAGAAACAAAGCCGUAGAAGAAGAGGACUCAUUCUCAACUUUACAAAAAAAAAAAAAAAAAAAAAACUCUUAUCCCUUUCCAACACCAACGAUGGAUCGGUACCAGAGAGUAGAGAAGCCAAAAGCUGAGAAGCCAAUUGAUGAAAAUGAGAUUAGGAUUACGAGUCAGGGGAGGAUGCGCAACUAUAUCACUUACGCCAUCACUCUACUCCAGGAAAAAGGAUCCGAUGAAAUUGUUUUUAAGGCAAUGGGAAGAGCUAUCAACAAGACAGUGACCAUAGUGGAGUUAAUUAAGAGAAGAGUUGUUGGUCUUCACCAAAAUACGUCAAUUGGAUCCACAGACAUUACUGAUACAUGGGAGCCCUUAGAGGAAGGCCUCUUGCCUUUGGAGACGACAAGACAUGUUUCCAUGAUUUUAAUCACCCUCUCAAAGAAGGAGUUGAACAGUACUUUAAUUGGGUACCAGCCUCCCAUACCUGCUGACCAGGUGAAGCCAUCAACAGAAUUUGAUUACGAUGGAGAGGGCUCACCAAGUGGUCGAGGUCGUGGUCGCAACUAUCGAGGACGGUCAAAGGCCAGAGGGAAUGGCUUUGCUUCCGUUGAUUAUGAAGAUGGCAGUUGGGACUUGAGUCGGAACAAUUCAAGAGGUAGAGGGUUCAGAGGUCGAGGGAGAGGAAGAAGUUUCCGUGGCCGUGGAAGGGUAGGGUAUAAUGGAACUUAUGUUGAUACACAGCAAGAUGGAGAUUACAAUCAAGAAGGCCCUGUCCAAGGUCGUGGUCGAGGCCUCAGUAGGGGAACCCGGGGAAGGGGACGUGGGUUUAGAUCAAAUGUGCCGAUCCAAGUAGCUGCAUAAAGUGCUGAAUGGGCGUUUCAAUGGUUGUGCUGUGUUCAUGAUUAUUAAAUCUUUGUAACUUUUUCUCUAGUCCUUCAUAAAAAAGGCAGUUAAUUUGUUGUGUUAUUAUUUUUUAGAAGUCCUGGACAGCUAAUGUUACUCAUAGCGGUCUUUUCGUUGUAAUUUUUUUUUUUUUUGGUAGUGUAUAGAGAGAGAGAGUUUAGCAACGCAUUCUUUUAUUAUUGUUGUGGAGAGUUGAGCUGUAUUUUAUAUUUCCGGUAAUAUAAUAUAGUAUUAUUAGGCGUA